UUGACUCUAUUACAUUAGAGUCUAUUCUCUAUUGGAUGAGAAAAUAUCUUGUGCAGUCCAAAACUACUUCAUCCAAAGAUCUCAAGUCAGCUCUACUCAACAAGGAGGAUUGUCCAGAAAUCAUCAGAAGAGAGGAAAUCUGUGGGGAUAGUGUCAUCAGCGUAAGACAUCAUGUGUACAGUCUGUUGAUCAAUUUCCUGGAAGGACAAACAACAUACUCGACAAAACAACAAAUGCUCUCAAAGGUUAAGAGAUGUCAUGAGAAGAAAGAAAUAACCUUGCUGCAACAAAUUCCAUGAAUCUAAAAAAUAUGAGCCACAGGUGACUUUUCAAGUAACAAUGGAGAAACAUCCUGUCACAAGAGCAGGGCGCACUGUGUCUGAACUCCUGGAGGACUCUGGGAAUUGUAGGCAGCUCAUCAACCUUCAUCCUUUCAGUGGCUCUCUCUUCAGUGAACAGCAGAAGCUGAGGCAUGUGUUGGACUGGGCUCACAGUUUCCUCAGCAGUGGAUCAGAGGUUCACCACGAGUUCUGCAGAGCUGACAGCUUGAUACUGGCUGAUGAAGAGCGGAGGGAAAUACAGAAACAAUCACCUGCAUACAAGGAUUCAUCUGCAGCGAAAUACCAUCAUCCUGUCUCCUGUGCUGCAGGUGGUACUGAGGUAUUUGGACCUUCUCCAAAUGAUCCCUGCAUCCCCUUAACCUGUGCCCCAGGGAGAAUUAAGGAGUACAAAGAAACUCCUACAAAUAUAAAAAGUAUAGAGCUACAGGAUGCCACUGAUAAACAAACGCCGAGCCAAAACAACUGCAGAGAAAGCAAUCUGUCCAUAUCUAAUCAAAGACAACACACCAACUCAUCAGACAGAAACACAAAUCAGUGGUUGAUCAAUGAAUCCACAUCAUGCUGGAGCGAUGUUGAGAGCAUGGUGUUUGGCACAGCAAGUGACUUGAAACUGAGCAAUAAGACAGCUGGAGCUCAGUCAGAAGGAGACAUAUCAAGACAUGAGAUGGAGCAGAGCAAAGUAAAGGUUGACAAGAAGGUGGGGACAAAGAAGAAAGUUGCAGAAGAGAAAAUGGAGAAUUCUAAGUUGGGUAAAAUGAAGGGGAAGGUACAUGAAGAGCAAGAAUCUAGCUCAGUUUUUGCAAAGUAUAACAUGAGCAUCAGUGAGCCAGAGAGGACACAAGAACUGACAAAGGAGACUCCAGACCUCAGCUUUAGCUGUCACUCGAAAAUACCGCCAACUCUGACUGUAUAUGAGCGGUACCAGCUUUGUGUGGAUCAACUGCAUCUCAUUAGAGUAAGGCAAAGUCAAUAUAUUGAACCUGGAUGUGUCAUAGAGUCAUCUGCAAAGGAAAGAAAGACAUCAGAAGAAACUGCAGUACAAAAUUCUGAGAUUAAAAAACGUCUACAAAAAGCAGGGAGUAAACGCAUUACAGCUGCAGUGAUCACAAAGAAGAGGAGUUCCAGAGCCCUCAAUAAAAACCAGGACAGAUCUCAGCACAAUAGAAGUAGGGCAACACUUACGAAACAUGGACAGACCAAACAUUGUGACAAUCUGACUGUGAAGGAAACACCUAACACCAUUUGUGCUGAGAGCGAACCAGUUUGUCAGAGAAACACUCUUAACAGCAACACACAGUUUGGCCUUGAUAGCAACAGAUGUGGUGAAUUGAUAAAAGGAACUGCAGGAGGCAUCACUUCAGCUGAUACUGUUAUUAACACACCCGUGGAGCACCUGAGGACUGCACCUGGUGAUAAUGUUCCCGCUGAGGAGGAGAGCGCUGCACUUACUACUGACACAGGCUUGUUUUCAAAGACAAACAGGCAUAAGCCAGACGUAGAGGGAUGUCAGAGUGGAGUCAGAGGUCAAAAGAAAAUCACUGGGGGUCGAGGAGCCUCAAUGAGACUCUGUGAAAAGUCAAGUGUCUCCCGGUCCUCUCCAACCAAUAAAGAACUACUGCAAAGACCUCGGUCAUCAGAAGUAAUCAAACACAGAAAAAAACUCACACCAGAGGACAAAGUGAGACCUGCUUCAGCCUGUAGGCAUACACACAAAUAUCUGCCACCUACAGAGAUAUACACAUCUUUUAAAGAUGACUCUGGACCAACAUCACCAGCUUCAGGUGCACGUCGAUGUGAAGAAACUGACAAACACAGUCCAGCAGGUGUCCCUGUGUGUGAGCGCUGGCUGUGUCUUCCUGAUGAGGUGUGGCUGUCCAUCCUGUCUCUGCUGCCUCACAGUGAUCUGAGCAGAGUGCUGCAGGUCUGCAGCCGCCUGCACACACUGGCUACUGAUCACACACUCUGGAGAAAUCUGAGGAUUGAAAACGCCACCCUGACAGAGCGGUGGUUGCUUUGUGUGGGCAGACGUCGUCUUCACUGUCUGAGUCUGUACAGCUGCAGUGGCCUGUCUCUCACCUCCUGUGGGCUGGAGAUGUUUUUCACUCUGUGUAGAAACUCUCUGGAGGUAAAACAGUGA